AUGACUACUCUCGCUGGCAAGGUCGCCAUCAUCACCGGAGGCUCCAGGGGUAUCGGCAAAGCGACAGCUCUUCGUCUUGCACGUGAUGGUGCCAAGGUGGUUAUCCAGUACCUCUCCGAUGAGCAAAGCGCCCAGGAGGUAGUCACCACAAUUGGAUCGCAGAAUGCCCUGGCCGUCAAGGGCAAUGCUGGCAGUGUGGCGGACAGCGAGGAACUGAUCCGUCGUACGUUAGACAAGUUCGGACAAAUUGAUAUUGUCAUUGCCAAUGCCGGUUCUUUACCUAUGCGAGACCUGGCGAAUACUUCGGAGCAAGACUUUAAUGACAUUAUGGAUCUAAAUGUAAAGGGACCAUACUUUUUGGUUCAGAAAGUGGUCCCUCACCUCCGCCCCGGCGCCCGAAUCAUCCUAAUUUCCACGACCCUAUGCCAUGCCUCCACAAUUAGUCCUCCCUACCUCCUUUACUUGACCACAAAGGGCGCCAUCGAGCAGAUGGUCCGCGUCCUCGCCAAGGAGCUGGGUCCUAAGGAAAUCACCGUAAAUGCCGUUGCCCCAGGUCCGACUGACACUGCCCUGUUCACACAAGGCAAACCGGAACCCAUGCUGAAUGCCAUUAAGAAUCUGAGCCCGCGAGGACGACUGGGUACACCUGAAGAGAUUGCAGAGGCUAUGGCAUUUUUCAGCUCCCCAGCUAGUGGUUGGGUCUCGGGACAGGUUCUGCGUGUGAAUGGCGGCAUGGCAUAG